GACUUUCAGGAUUUGUGUCGCGUUCACAUAUGAGUCGGCACGUCGUCGCAUGACUGCGAUGCCCCGUACCAUGCACUCGUACACCUUGAUACGGGCGUGUUUCGCGUCAGCAAUUAGAAGAAAGGCAAUGAUUACAAGCCUGAAGCUGUACCUGUACUGAAGAAUAGACUGCAUUGUAAAUCUUGACUGGGGCCUGCUGGCCGGGUGCUUUGGACGCUGCCUGCAUUGUUGGCGGUGAUGGCAGGAGACGGGAGGCGGCGAUGCCCUGGCUGUCGGGAAUAGAGCAGAGGCUUUGGGCGGAGGCGGAAGCGCUCGAGUCUCACGCGCCGACGCGCUGUCUUGCACGCCACGCGUGUUGGCGGAGCUCGAGCGGGGUCCGAAAUAUGGCUGCCGUGCCACAGGCGUGAUGCAACGCUCUGGUUAGGGUUGUCGCUUAGCACUGGCCUGGGUAUAUUGAGAACGUAUUCUCCUCUUUCUGUUUGCAACGCCCAUUUCUAGUUUGUUUAAGGACAUCCAAGCCGCUGACGGUCGAUUUCGAGGGCAAAUCAUUGCCAUUACCACGGUGAAGAUACGCGACCGGCCAUUGUUUCCGAACUUGCCACCGACCAUUCUCCUGCCAUAAGCGUCUUCUCUGCCGUCUACCUCCAGACUAUUAUAUCCCGUGAGCUUUGAAACACAAUGUUCAAUGCUCCAAGACCCGCGCAGCCGUACAGUUCUUCCAAUGGCUUCGGCACGACCAGCUUUGUUGUCGACAACCCGCUUGUUUCCUCAGUUUACGACUCAGAUGGCCUCGAUCCAUGGAGCACUGCUCCCAGUCCUGCACCUCCUACAAUUCCUGCUGCUUCCCCUGUUGCAGCACCGGCAGGUUUCAGUGCCGUGAUAGCCGAUUCUAUCGUUCCCCCAAUAUAUCAUCAGGCAUUCGCCGCAGUAGACAGCUCAGGCUCAGGAGAGACAUCUGUCAAUGGCCUCUCUCGAGUACUUGGGACGGCUGGUCUGCCGGCUUCAACCAUUGAACGAAUUGUCAGUUUGGUCAGCUCUCGUUCUCGCGUGUCAAAGCUUGAGUUCUUCGUCGCGCUGGCUCUUGUUGCUUUGGCACAGAGUGGAAAAGACCUCAGCAUUGAGCGCGUUGCUGCCCUUGCUCAAGAGAACGCACUUCCCGUGCCAGACCUUGAUCUAUCUUCUCUUACCUCGGCGUCCACAUUUAAUGGAUUUCCGUCGCCUCCACCAGCACCCAUUCGUGCUCCGGUACCCACCCGAGGAUAUACUUCUGAGGAUCCAUGGAGUAUCGGUAAACUGGUCAAUGCCCCCACUCUUAGCGAACCAGGUCCAGACAGCUUCACGAACGGAAUCACAUCCAGUAUCAGUGGGACGGGUUUGCCUAAAGAUUGGUGGAAGAGGCAAGAAUCUAUCACUGUGAAUACUCUCGGUCAACAGGGAUUCAUUCUGAAGCGAUAUCUCGUCUACGAAGUCUCCACUAACAGAGGUGCACCAGUGCCGCGACGUUAUUCCGAAUUUGUCUUCCUCUGGGAUGUCCUGGUGAAGCGAUAUCCCUUCCGACUUUUGCCAUCACUACCACCGAAGCGCAUUGGACCUGAUGAAGGUUUCCUUGAACAAAGACGCCGAGGACUUGCGCGAUUUAUCAAUUUUGUUGUUAACCACCCUAUCAUCAAAGAUGAUGGCCUGCUGCAGGUAUUCCUCACCGAACCUUCAUUCGAGCACUGGCGCAAACAAGCAUCAAUAUCGUAUGAAGAGGAAUCGGCAAGCAAACGGGUCGACCAAGUGGAAGAGAUGAGUAUUCCCAGUGACCUUGAAGACAAACUCGCGGUCGUACGCAGCAAGAUUAGCGUACUCAUUGAACAAUGGCAAAAGAUAUGCAUACUCGCUGAGCGCAUAAUGAAACGGCGCGAGGCAGCAGCGGUACGGGUCUCCCCUCCUCCCUUACCAGGCCGCACCUUCAUGCCUGCUCACUUCGCCUUGCCCCCUUUCUCUCCUGCAUCAUCCACUUCGUCUGCAACUCUUGAUGGCGAUACCCAUUCACUCGCCUCAUCGGUCCUCUCUGGAUUACACCUACGACGGUCUUCAUCGGAUUCGACGACAAAUGAACAACAGUCUGAUACCGCAAGGUUGACAAAUACGUUGAAGGCCCUUGUAGAAGUCAAUGAUCGGUGUUGGAGGGGUGAUGAUUGUGAACUUUGCUUAGGUGUUAGACAGGGAUUGUCUAGUGUUGCGCAACAUACACAAAGGCACUCGGAUGUUUUGGAGGAACGAUCCCGCAGGUUACUGUACUCCACACUCGAAGCCCUAAAAGGCCAACGAGAUCUGUACAUCGCAAUGCGAGACCUCUUCAUCCGACAUGAUCGUUUAUCUGGCGACAGCGUCGAGAAGCUCAAGAAACGCGUCGAGACCAAUUCGCUCAAGUUGGAGGGCGUGAAACAGACCAAAAAAGAACGUUGGCAAGAAGAGGCAGACAAAAUCGCUGGUAUAAUUGAGAAGGACCAAGCCAGUAUCGCCGCCAUGCUCAAUCGUAGAGUAUUCAUUCGUGCUUCUAUGUGGCAUGAAUUGCGAGUUGUCUUGCACAAUCGCGAAAAUACGUUGCUCACGCAAGCCGUAAAGACGUUCGCUCGAGAAGAGAGUUCAUUCUCGGAGAGUGUCGCAGCUAACUGGACGUCUCUGGUGGAUGCCGUUGAAAGUAUGCCUUUCGAGUAAUUGCAUUUGUCUCUGGUUUAUUUGGAUUUGGAUGGAGGAACUGGAGCCUUAUCAAUCAUCUAAUUUGAUACCACCAUACGAUCUUUUGUGUUUACGACGAGUUACGAAUUUCAUGACUUCCCUCAUC